AUGGCUACCAAAGCAAACGAAAUCGUUAACCAAGCAUGGGAAAAAUAUAAAAGAUACGUAACAGAUUUUCCGGAAACGGUCAGUCAGAUAGAAGCAACUUCCAGAGUGCUGUCAUACAUAAUUGCAGGCCGCUUUGAAGAUUCACAGGUGCUGUCGGAGCUUGUUUACCUGUCCUCAAACCUACUUGUACUCUUAAAUGACACAAUCAUUAAGAAUGCAUCAAAGAUUCUUCCAAAGAUUCCAGUGUCAGUGGAAAAGUUGAAAAGAUGGCUGACUGUUUUGGAAUAUGGAGAAGUCUUUAUAGAAAUGGCAGCAUACAGGAAGUUUGGAGAGACAGGAAAAUGGGUUCUCAUCGUAAUUAUUCAACUCACAAAAGCAAUAUGGCGGCUUCUUUUACUUUGGAAACAUCAUGGAGGAAUACAGCCCUCCCCUCCUAUUGCACCUUUAGACAGAGAGAAAUACACAAAGCAAUUUAAACACAACCCUACAGAGGAAAUGCAAGAAUUCCAAGAGAAUUUGGAUAGUGAAACAGUGGAACCAGUGAAUGGAAUGAGUGAGGUGACCUUUACCCUCAAGAGGUCAGGCAAGGUCAUAAGGAGACUCUCAGCUGCACCUCCUAUCAAUUUUCGUUCCUGGAAACUCCCCGGCCAUGGGGACAGGGAGAAAGAGAGAGCCGGUGUCAGAUUUUAUGAACCCACAACACUAUCCAAACAACGACUGUGGGGAGAGACCUUGUAUAUUACCAGGCCACUCAUUCAUUUAUUCGGAAUGUACGUUUGUGGGACCAUGUCAUGGAAACCAUGGAUCAUGUCAGGAACCAUUGAUGUUGCCAGCUUGUGUAUGAUGGGUGACACUAAAGACCUGAAUCCCCAGGAGAAGAGUGAAAUUAAGAGGAGAUCACUCCUGUUGUUGUACUAUUUGCUGAGAUCCCCAUUUUUUGACACUUAUUCCAAAAUGAAAAUUUUAUCAACCUUAAGAGUUAUGGCAGACAAUGUACCUGGUCUUGGAAUAUUAUUGAGACCAAUAAUUGAUUAUCUACCAUCGUGGCAGAAAGUUUAUUUUUAUCUCUGGUCAGCUUGAUUGUGUGUCAGUAUUACAUGAUACACUUAGUAUUUGGAGGAGAAGAGACAUUUUAUUUCAAUGUACAGUCCAUAAACUGGUGAAUUGAAGUACCCAUCUAAAAUGUGUGGACUAAUGGACAGACUUUCUUUUAGUGUAUCAUUAUUUGUAUCAUUUAUAUAUCAUUUAUAUAAGAUUAUAUGAAAUUUCAACAAUUUUAAUUGAAACUUUACAAACUGAGCAUUUUAAAUGUCACAAAUUGAAGUGGAUUAAUUCACAUCGUUACUGUUAUUUUUACCUGGUGGUAUAAAUAUUGUACAUAAAAAUGUAAAAUAAAAUGUUCUUUUAAA